AAAGAGACGUGAAAAAUGGCAUUUAGGUACGAGGUAGCAGAAGAGGCCGUUGAAGGCCCAUAUUACCUCGGGAAAGUUUUAAUUCCAGAAGACUCUGACUAUAGUGACUAUAAAUACGACGAAGUGACUGUCGAUGACAAACUCAUCAUACCAGAGGGGGAAGAGGACUUGGAAACUGAUGUUAAAGCAGUGCGGGAUCAAACUGAUGCCACCAAAAUCACAACACAGACUCAGAGGGUCAGUUCGGUGAAACAUACAGUUCUUAAAAUACUUAAAGAGGUGGUGGACAACUUUCUCCGCAAUUAUCUGGUACAAAUGGGAAUGAAAAGAACAUCAGACUGCUUCCAAAUCGAGUGGUUUGAGAUGGGACACAAAGGCUUAAUGAAAACAGAUGUAAUGCAACUCGUCUCUGAUGUCUACACACACAACCAGCUCCUGGACAACGAGCUGAAAAACGUACAAAGAGAGCGGGAUAGUUAUAAACAGGCUGCAUUUGAAGCUGGAGAAACCAUAGUAAAACUUCAAAGAGAGAGGGACUUUCAUAGGAUGCAGCACAAGCGUGUCGUUCAAGAGAAGAAUAGACUUUUUGAGGACAUUAAAAAGCUGAAUAAACACUACACUCUUAAGAAAAAUGGUACUUUUAUUAGACAACUAAAUGAGAAGUAUCAGGCAGCUGUAUGGCAGAAGAUGCUGGUUAGUCUGGAGAGAGACAAAGCUGUCAGCCAGGUUCAGAUCACAGACAGCUCUCUAUGUACUGCACAUUCUUUCACAGGAACCCGAACAGCUCUAGAAUCCCCUAAAAUGCCACAUCAAAGAGAAAAAAUACAGAAGAGUCCAGAAAAAUGUGCACAACUGUCAUAUGACAAUGUUGCAUCAAAUGAUGCUAUAAAAGACCCCAACAAAAACACAAGGCAUCCUAAAGACUCUGAAUUCCCAGCAAGCACUCGAGUCAAUCCCUACUUGCCACAAAUCAAAGCUCUUUCCUCACUCAACACCAAAUCAGCCAACUUCUCUCUCUUCAAGUCUUUUAAAGCGCACACGAUGGCAGUGAGCUUCCUCGCUGUCCAUCCUCGUAAAAUGAUAGUAGCCUCCUCAAGUGAUGACCAGCUUUGGAGAUUAUGGGGAAUACCAGAGGGAGAGAUGAUCAUGACUGGCGAGGGGCACACUGAUUGGCUGUCAUCAUGUAGUUUCCAUCCCAGCGGUGGUUACUUGGGGACCACAAGUGGGGACACCACAGUUAAAAUUUGGGACUUUGCUCAAGGUCGAUGUGUGCUCAGUUUGGAGGGACACAUUCACACCACCUGGGCUUGUUCCUUCCAUUCCUGUGGUGAUUAUGUGGCCUCUUGUUCUAUGGAUAACACUAACACUAAAUUCUGGUAG